AAAUAAAAAAAAAUAGAGUGCAGCGAAUGCUAGGUUACGUAAUUUUAUCAUGACUUUUAAGCUUGGUAAACCAAAGUCCGGUCGGCCAAAAUCCUCCGGCUGAACCCUCCACGAGGGUGACAACUGGUAAUGGGCACUACAGUUUAGGUUCUAUACGAUGUCAGAAUGGUAUCCAGUUAAGAUUAGAAAUCAGUACUAUGUGCUCAAGCUCCUCAUUAGCUUAGUUAUAUGGAAAUGGGUUUUCAUCGUGGCCUAUGGAUGUAACGGAGGUGCAAACCUCUUAAAAAAGCUUUGGGUUCGAACAAGGUGUUAGAAGACCCGUGCUGAUGUUCAGCCUGGCUGGGCACCCAGAUUAACAAAUAGCCCAGUCUCGAACGGAGUGCUCCGGAUACCUAGUGACCUCCGGUUUUAUCAAGCCUUACCUGUGCACACGGACCUCUGUACGGAUCUCCAUUUUCCGACACUCGUAGGACCAGAAAUUAUGAGUUCAAUUAUUGCAAACAACUAAAAAAUAACUAAGGAGGACGGCCCUCCAAAAAACCCGACGGGGAUGGCUCCGAUUAAUGCUACAGCCUCGGGCAGGGCAUUGAUCAAACCCCCAGUGACAGGAGUUAGAGGGGGCUUAAGCGGUAGGAAUGGUCCUAGUACGAGCACCAUAGGAGGCAGGGCGGGUGUCGAGUGGAGGCCUGGGCAAACCGGUCUCCAACAGAUUCACGGCUGGAGCUGCGGCGUCAGCUUCGCCUAGGGAAAUUAGGCCUCAAAGUACGAUGCCGUGCAAUAAAGCCAUAGGAAAUAACGCCAUAUGGCUUUAUUUCACUUCACAUGGAGAAAUAAGGCCACACGGCUUUAUUUCCAUAUAGUUAAACGAGAAACGUCUGUCGUUUAACACCUUGCAACGUAUAUGUUUAUUACCUGAAUUAAUGCGAAUUUUCUUCAACAAUUGAAAUACUCAAACUUUGUAAACAUAUUUUCCUUCAUUGAAUUGUUAAUUCUAAAAGUUAAAUCAUUUCAAAAUUGUUAACGCUAAACUUGAGUUAUUCAAAAAUGUUAAACUUUUUAUAUUCUUAUGCCUUGAAUUGUUAAAUUUGAAUUUACAUGUUUUGCGCUAUUCAAAUUAAUACCCUCUAUAUUUUCUCAUACUGAAUUGAUAAGAAUUGUUAACCCUAAACCUAAAGAAAUUUUCAUAUUGAAAUGCAUAGUUGGCAACGCCAAAGUCGUUAAUACAGUGCAAGCAGCAAAUGUCAAAAAGAGAAACAAAAAAUUAGAUACAGAAUUUUCCAAUCACUUUUACGUGCGGUCGCAAAAUCUUUCUAAAAUUUGAAUAACCUUUUAUAGCUUGUUUUAAUAAAGAAAAAUUGUAAAUUUAAAGCAUAAACAUUCGGUUUAUUAUUUCGAGUGGUCAUAUUAGUCUCUCGCCGAGUAUCUACAGGCGCGCGGAGGAAAAUCCACCUCUUAGUAUUUUUCGUUUUGAAAGUCGCUGGUUUAUGCGCCAGGAAGCAGCCGCGAACUAGCGCCUGCGCCACGUCCUCCUACACGGAAGUGCAGCAGCCCCACCACCGCAAGUACCACCCCAGUUUCGAUUAUCGCCCAUCGUCACCAUCCAUCAUCAAAGAGCCGCCGAAAUCACCGCCAAACCCUCCACUAUCGCCAAAUCCACCAUCAUCGCCGGAGUCAACGGCCAACAGCAACGAACCGCCGCAUCCUCACCAGCCUGCAAUCGCCCACCAGCCCUCCGUCUGUCCACGUCCGGAGUUCAGCACCCAAAAGAAGAGCCGGCCCCUUACUAUUGGUCCUUCGGCGCCAACAAAGAGCCGCACCGGUGGAAUAAAAAUCCAUAACCUCAAAGUACAAGUAUCCCCAGCAAAACCAUGGAUACUUGCAGCAGCAGUGGCACUCCGAAACCAGCACCUCGAACAUCGCUACAGCCUAAGCAACCGCAGUGGUCCGAAGUAGGCAUGACGACUGACACAACUCCAGCGGCGCAGCCAGAAGAGGGAACCACCGAUUUCAAUCGAUGCCGUCUGUGCGCACAAAAUCACGCGUUGCGGGUAUGCCAAGUGUUUCGCGCAAUGCAGCCGACCCAACGUUAUCUGGUCGCACGUGCACACAAAUUUUGCACCAACUGCCUCGCCUUAUCGCAUCACAGCAAGGACUGUCCCUCCGCUGGAAUCUGCAGGCUAUGUGGUCAGCGUCACCAUACCCUACUUCACCGGAAGACGGCACUCAGCAAAAACUCUCUGCAACACCACGCUCCAGCAUCGCGCAAAAGGCCUACCGCACAUCGUCUCCACUGUCUACGCCGUACUGAACUCAGCUCUAACAAGCACAAGCACCCGCAUAUGGGACAAAGAGCAAAGAAAAUCAAUACCACCACCCAGGGAAUCCGCAUCACCAAGGCGAAUGGAAAGCUGUCCAGGAAAUUGCUCCGGGAUGCAAUACGUAAACUGCGGGAGCUAGAGAACAGUAUAGUCGCUUAGCGCGCCUAGGUGCGGGAGAAUAGAAACGUCUGUCGUUUAAUACCUUGCAACGUAUAUGUUUAUUACCUGAAUUAAUGCGAAUUUUCUUCAACAAUUGAAUUACUCAAACUUUGUAAACAUAUUUUCCUUCAUUGAAUUGUUAAUUCUAAAAGUUAAAUCAUUUCAAAAUUGUUAACGCUAAACUUGAGUUAUUCAAAAAUGUUAAACUUUUUAUAUUCUUAUGCCUUGAAUUGUUAAAUUUGAAUUUACAUGUUUUGCGCUAUUCAAAUUAAUACCCUCUAUAUUUUCUCAUAUUGAAUUGAUAAGAAUUGUUAACCCUAAACCUAAAGAAAUUUUCAUAUUGAAAUGCAUAGUUGGCAACGCCAAAGUCGUUAAUACAGUGCAAGCAGCAAAUGUCAAAAAAAGAAACAAAAAAUUAGAUACAGAAUUUUUCCAAUCACCUUUACGUGCGGUCGCAAAAUCUUUUCUAAAAUUCGAAUAACCUUUUAUAGCUUGUUUUAAUAAAGAAAAAUUGUAAAUUUAAAGCAUAAACAUUCAGUUUAUUAUUUCGAGUGGUCAUAUUAGUCUCUCGGCGAGUAACUACAGGCGCGCGGAAGAAAAUCCACCUCUUAGUAUUUUUCGCUUUGAAAGUCGCUGGUGUAUGCGCCAGGAAGCAGCCGCGAACUAGCGCCUGCGCCACGUCCUCCUACACGGAAGUGCAGCAGCCCCACCACCGCAAGUACCACCCCAGUUUCGAUUAUCGCCCAUCGUCACCAUCCAUCAUCAAAGAGCCGCCGAAAUCACCGCCAAACCCUCCACUAUCGCCAAAUCCACCAUCAUCGCCGGAGUCAACGGUCAACAGCAACGAACCGCCGCAUCCUCACCAGCCUGCAGUCGCCCACCAGCCCUCCGUCUGUCCACGUCCGGAGUUCAGCACCCAAAAGAAGAGCCGGCCGCCUUACUACCAUAGGUGAAAGUGAUAUAAAGCCAUAAGCAAACAUUUAACAUAUGAGAAAUAAAGCCAUACGAUCUUGUUUCAAUACAAAAAGUAAAUGUUGUC